UCAACAGUACAAGAAACAACAUUCAAAAAGGAUGUAUAAGGUGUUGGUCCUGUAGACCCGAUAGAUAUUAAUGGACGAGAAAGUUCGACAACACAAACGUUCUAUCAAGCAAAUAACAAAGAAUUAAAAAUGUGCAAAUAUUUGCGAUAUCCCGUCUAGUUAAUAAUUAAAACACACCAUGUACAAGCUAGUUACAUCAGAUACACUACGUAUUCAUAAUACUUCGAAAUUUCACAGUAUAGCUGGUUAUCUUUCGUGAGUAAAUGUGCUUGGGCAUAUUGUCUAUUUAGUUUAAGUUCAGUAUCGCUUUGUUGCUUGAGAAUAGCAGUUCAAUAUGUCUUCAAUCGUGACGAGUAUUCUAAGUUCAACCGUGGGUUUGUUGUGGAACAAGGCUCGUGACUCGACUGCGGCUAAGCUGAAGGACGGUGACAUUACAGAUGAAAAAAUUCGAGAGAUUGUCGUACGAGACUUGAACGACAUCAAGACAAAGCUCGAUGGUCUCGCACGUAAAGAUCUUCUCAGCAGCUACAAUUUCCUACAGGAAGGUGUGGAUUUCCUCAAUGCCUCUCUUCAAAAAUCAAAGCUCGACCAGAAAGCUUUGGCGAACGAAACUCUAGAUGAUCGAGGCGAGACAUCAACAAUGCCGAGUUGUGGUCAGUCUGGGAUCUUAAGCGAAGCUAUUGAACUUUCUCAAGCCAUGGGAAAGCUAAAAUGUAACUCAGACGAAAAGUAUGAAUCCGCCAAAGAACGAUUCAAAAAGGCCCGUGAGAGAGCAACCGAUGCUUUCUCUACUGAAACAUUAGUUCUCAAAGAUAAGAUCUUCGCAGCGAAGCUACGAAUAGUGUCCGAAAUGCUCGAAUGUCUUGAUCGUCCCGAAACCGCAAUAACGGGAUGUCUGUCGUUUUUGAAAAAGUUCCAUAGCUUACCUGCAAUCCAAGAGAUAUUCACGGUGUACCUCAACGGAGGAAUAAAGUCGAUGUUGAAUAAGAGCGAACGAGUCGAGAACGUAAAAUCAGUAAUGUUGAUUAAUUACGUGUUAUUUCAAUAUGUGUCGAAAUUCAGCAGUAAAUAUUCAUUUGACUUGCUCCUCAGCAUGCCAACAAUUGAACUUCCUGAUCGCAGUUUUUCCCCAAUGUUAGAUUGGCAGGAGGUUGCGACAAGAAAGUCUAUGGGGAAAGAACUGACCCAAUAUCCUAGUAAACGGACACUAAUUGAUGAAGAAAUUCGUCCGCUUGUAUGUGCUGUGAACAGUCAUGGGGACAUUAUUACUGUUUCUUAUUCUGACGAGAUCCUGGUUAUUUUUUUUAAGACAGGUGAAUGCAAGGUGGUUCAAUUACCAGAGCCCAGAGAAGGUAAAGUUAUCGAGCAACGCAAUAUUAAAGGAAUUGCUGUUGAUAACAACAGCGAUGUUUACGUUGUUGUACGGCUUACAAAUGGGGAUGUGAAAAAUUUCGUGUUGCAUGUAUUAGACGAGAACUACCAUGUAAAACACGACUCAUGCACGUUGGAUUUUAUGGACGCAAAUUUUGUGUGUCGGGUGAGCAUCGCUAUAAACAAAAACAAUAAUAUCAUCAUGAUCAAAGGAAGAGAUCCCCACGUGUAUAUAUGUGACAACACUGGGAAGUUGCAACACAAGUUUGAACAUGACUCAAGUGGGCGACCCAGCUUGGGUAUUUCCGAGCAGGAUAAAAUCAUCACAUCAUCAGGCGAUCUCGAGGCUAUGGUCACAUUCUCCGAGGAAGGAAAUCUGAAGUCGACAGUGAAACUACCAGAAGGUCACAAGAUCUUUGGAGUAGCGUAUCACUACGUCAUUCGUAAAAUAAUUGUUUUAACCCGUGUCGAGAAAAACAAUUCCUACUUCCUGCUGUGUUACACUGAAGCAGGCGAUCUGGAGACCUCGACGUUCUUCUGUAAGGAUAUUGACGAUGAAUUUAUAAAAAUCACGUCCCAUCCACGUGGUUCAGUUGCUGUUGUUAGGGAGAAAAGCAUCACCUUCAUUUAAGGGAACUGUCUAUGUUUGUACAUGCAGUGUGAACAAAACUUCUUCGAAAAACUUACAUGACACACUUAAGUAAUGAUUCUAAACUUAUUAACUAUAAUAUAUGCUAAUUGUAAACUGAGCUCACUGUGAGGUUUUAGUAAAAUCUGUGAUGCUGAUGGUGGAUCUGUGAGAGUUGGCAACUAUGCCCUAUAUACAUGUAUCGUAAUUUAUAUAUUCUUCACCAUUUAUUGAGUCAACGGCUGUUCCAAUGUACAUGUUUAUGUUGAAAUCAGUUUAAUAAAUGGUGUUGUGUUGGAGUUUACUACAGUUCUACGGCUCUGUAUUUUUAUCUGUAGGUUUUAUGGUACAACAGGGUCAU